AUGUCUCUCUUUGUAAUUUGUAUCUCCAGAUUGCCUCCAGUUAAUUUAUUCAUUUGCAAUGUUAUUUGCUUUUAUUUAUUUGUUGGAUUCUUCCUCCCAGGCUCUUUCCUUCUUUCUAUUUUAUUCUCAUGGCUUUUUCUCCCUUCCUUUUUCUUCCCAAAUUCUUUCUUUCUUUCUUUCUUUCUUUCUAAUGGAAUUUUACGUUUAAUCAGAUAUUACAUUAAAUUCAACGUUUCUCUAAUAUGCAUCCUUUUCUUUCUUUCUUUCUUUCUUUCUAUUUUAAUCUCUUGUCGUCUUCUGCCUUUUCCUUUCCUUUUUUCUACAAAAUUCUUUCUUUCUUUCUUUCUUUCUAUUUUAAUCUCUUGUCGUCUUCUGCCUUUUCCUUUCCUUUUUUCUACAAAAUUCUUUCUUUCUUUCUUUCUUUCUAUUUUAAUCUCUUGUCGUCUUCUGCCUUUUCCUUUCCUUUUUCUACAAAAUUCUUUCUUUCUUUUCUUUUUCUUUUUCUAUUUUAAUCUCUUGUCGUCUUUGCCUUUUCCUUUCCUUUUUUCUACAAAAUUAUUUCUUUCUUUCUUUCUUUCUAUUUUAAUCUCUUGUCGUUGCCUUUUCCUUUCCUUUUUUCUACAAAAUUCUUUCUUUCUUUCUUUCUUUUCUAUUUUAAUCUCUUGUCGUCUUCUGCCUUUUCCUUUCCUUUUUCUACAAAAUUCUUUCUUUCUUUCUUUCUUUCUAUUUUAA